AUGGAUGUCAGCCGACGCCGCCUACGCUGUAUAGGCCACGUUAUCAACCUGGUUGUCCGAGCAGUUAUUUUUGGCUCCAACGUCAGUAAAUUCGAGGCUGAGCUUCGUGGAGCUACAUAUGAGUUCAAGUUCGACAUUUGGGCCAAGAAAGGAGCUAUCGGCAGACUCCACAACAUUGCCACCUACAUUCGACGGACAGAUCAGCGACGACAGGGUCUUCGGCAUUUGCAGACCGAGCUCGCUGGUGACGAUCCUAUUUUUACCCUGGAGAUUGUUGUUGACGGCAAGACUCGCUGGAACUCUAUAUACAUGAUGAUCAAACGCGCACUCGAACUGCGCUGCGCCAUCGAGCUCUAUCAAUCUCGCUGGCAAAAGCCUAAGAAUGACCCUGAUCACCGUGACCUAACUAACGACUUCCUCAACGCUGGGGACUGGGUUGAAUUAGAGCGUUUCUACGAGUUCUUGAAGCCGUUUUAUAUCCUGACGAAGACUAUAGAGGGCAACGCCAGUAAGCCGGGGGCGGAGGGCGGCCACGGCGCUGUGUGGGAGACACUUAAAACCAUGGACUACCUGUUCAUGAAAUUCAAGCAGGCCGCGGAGGAUACUCAGUUCGAGGAGGCCUCCCAUUUUAAGUCGGGAAUUGACUGUGGAUGGGCGAAGCUUGAAGACUAUUACGUCAAAACCGAUAGGACACCUGUUUAUCGGGCAGCUCUAGCACUGCACCCGUCGUAUGGGUACGACUACUUCGAACGACACUGGAAGAAGGCGAUGAACAAGCCGCAAUGGUAUAGCGACAUUCAGUCGGCUGUUGGUAGCCUAUUCGAUGAAUACCGGAGGCAGACUGAAGUUGAAACUCAGGCUCAAGCUGGGUUUUUGGAAGACGAAUCCGAGGAAGUCGACGCUGACAAUGACUACAGCUCGUUUGGAAAGAGAUCGAUUAGCUCGUUAAACACAUAG